AUGACGCUACCAACUUCAUGCCAGAUUCUAGUGGUUGGCAGUGGUAAUGCAGGCUAUUGUGCAGCAGUCGCGGCAAAACAAGCCGGAGCAAAAAGCGUUGUUUUGAUCGACAAAUGCCCCGAAUCAUGGGCCGGUGGUAACUCAUAUUUUACAGCAGGAGCAUAUCGAACGGUACACCAUGGCAAAGCAGAUCUGUUAUCUAUGGUCAACAACAUUGACAAGGCCAAGGCCGAAAAGAUCGACAUUGAGCCUUACACAGUGAACGAUUUUGCUGCGGACAUGAAAAGAGUCUGCGCUUCUCGCUCAGAUCCGGUACUGUCUGAUAUCCUGGUGCGGGAUUCUCAUUCAGCAAUGAAAUGGUUACACAAGAAUGGCAUUCGAUUCCAACUUUCUCUGAAUCGCCAAGCCUAUGAAGUGGAUGGACGACUUAAGUUCUGGGGUGGGCUUGCUCUGAAAACUCAGGAUGGUGGAAAGGGUAUGAUUGAAGACCACCAGGCGAUCGCAAAACGUCAUGGUGUCGCGACAUACUUUUCUACUCCAUUGUUGAGACUUGUGAAGGAUGUCAAGACUGGGGCGGUUACAGGGGCUGUGGUUCAAUUUGGGGGGAAAGAACGCACCAUUGAGACUGGUGCUAUUAUCCUCGCUGCUGGGGGUUUUGAGGCCAACCCACGUAUGCGCUCUCAAUAUCUAGGUCCCAACUGGGAUCUCGCCAAGGUUCGUGGAACACCCUACAAUGAUGGGAUGGCACUAGAGAUUGCCAUGCGUGAUGCCGAAGCGAAACAAGGAGGAAACUGGUCUGGGUGCCACUCGGUCGCGUGGGAUGCAGAUGCAGCAGCGGAUACUGGCGACCGAGAAAUCUCCAAUGAAUUCACCAAGUCUGGCUAUCCAUUAGGUCUCAUGUUCAAUGCAGCUGGGUCUCGGUUCGUCGACGAGGGUAUUGAUCUUCGAAAUUAUACCUACGCCAAAUUUGGUCGCGCCAUCUUAGGGCAGCCCAGUCAGAUCGCUUUUCAGGUCUGGGAUCAGAGAACAAUCGGCAUGCUUCGGGAAGAGGAAUAUCGCGAAGAACGUGUCCAUCGAUAUGUGGCAGAUACCAUUCCAGAAUUGGCCAAGAAGCUUGCUGGGGUGGGACUCCAGGGUCAGGAAGCCUUUAUCAGCAAUCUUGAGGAGUAUAACCGUGCAGUCUAUGCCUUUCAACGACUGAAUCCCAAUAAAAAAUGGGAUCCAUCUAUUCUUGACGGAAUGUCGACUCAAUCAGAGGACGCCAGAUUGGCAUUGGGCAAAACGAACUGGGCACUUCCUUUGGACCAAGGCCCAUUCAUGGCAGUCCGAGUCACUUGUGGAGUCACGUUCACGUUCGGAGGACUAUCGGUCAACCCACAAACGGCGGCAGUCAUCUCAGGAGCGACACACCAAGACAUUCCAGGAUUGUAUACUUGUGGUGAGAUGUUGGGAGGCCUAUUCUACGAGAAUUAUCCUGGAGGAAGCGGUUUGACUUCUGGUGCUGUUUUUGGGCGAAGAGCUGGCACAGAAGCCGCAAGAGUGACCACGUCGAAAUCGGUUGGGUCAAACCUCGUGGAGGCAAGAGCCAGGCUAUAG